CACAAUGGCAGCAAAUAGCCUCGUUCUGCCCAUCGUUCUCUGGGGUCGAAAAGCGCCAACCCACUGUAUUUCGACCAUCCUCCUAACAGAUGACGGGGCCACCAUCGUAACAGGAUGCCACGAUGGACAGAUAUGUCUCUGGGACCUGUCAGCAGAGUUGGAAGUGAAUCCCCGGGCACUGCUGUUUGGUCACACGGCUUCAAUCACCUGUUUGUCUAAAGCAUGUACCUCCAGUGACAAGCAGUACAUCGUGAGCGCAUCUGAAAGUGGAGAAAUGUGCCUCUGGGAUGUGAGUGAUGGCAGAUGCAUUGAAUUCACGAAGUUGGCGUGCACGCAUACUGGCAUGCAGUUCUACCAGUUCUCCGUUGGAAACCAACGCGAAGGAAGGCUCCUAUGCCACGGACAUUACCCUGAAAUCCUCGUCGUGGAUGCCACCAGUCUCGAGGUGCUGUACUCCUUGGUAUCAAAGAUAUCGCCGGACUGGAUUAGCUCCAUGAGCAUUAUACGAUCUCACCGAACACAAGAGGACACUGUGGUGGCGCUCUCUGUGACGGGCAUCUUGAAGGUGUGGAUUGUUACCUCUGAAAUAAGUGAUUUGCAGGAUACUGAGCCGAUCUUUGAGGAGGAAUCGAAACCGAUCUUUUGUCAGAAUUGCCAGAGCAUCUCUUUCUGUGCGUUCACUCAGAGGUCGCUUUUGGUUGUGUGCUCGAAGUACUGGAGGGUGUUUGAUGCUGGAGACUAUUCCCUGCUGUGCUCAGGCCCGAGUGAGAAUGGACAGGCGUGGACUGGUGGCGACUUUGUGUCGGCAGAUAAAGUCAUCAUUUGGACUGAAAAUGGACAGAGUUAUAUUUACAAACUACCUGCCAGUUGCCUUCCAGCUAGUGAUUCAUUCCGAAGUGACGUAGGGAAAGCUGUUGAAAAUUUAAUUCCUCCUGUACAACACUGCCUCCUGGAUCGAGCGGAUAAAGAGAUGCUGAUCUGCCCUCCUGUUACUCGGUUCUUCUGUGGCUGCAGCGAGAACUUCCACAAACUGUUAAUUCAGGGGGAUUCUUCUGGAAGAUUGAAUAUUUGGAACAUAUCAGACAUGCUUGAGAAACAGGAAGGUGAAGAAGGACUGCGGAUGACAACUUCUAUUAGUUUGCAAGAGGCAUUUGAUAAACUGAAUCCCUGUUCUGCUGGAAUUAUAGAUCAGCUAAGUGUGAUUCCCAACAGUAACGAGCCUCUGAAAGUGACCGCCAGUGUGUACAUCCCAGCUCACGGUCGACUGGUCUGUGGUCGUGAGGAUGGGAGCAUAAUCAUUGUCCCUGCCACUCAGACGGCCAUCGUCCAGCUGCUCCAAGGAGAACACAUGCUCCGAAGAGGUUGGCCACCUCACAGGACACUCCGAGGUCAUCGGAACAAAGUCACAUGUUUGCUAUAUCCUCAUCAGGUCUCCGCACGUUACGAUCAAAGAUACCUCAUCUCUGGUGGCGUGGACUUCUCUGUCAUCAUUUGGGACAUAUUUUCUGGAGAAAUGAAGCAUAUCUUCUGUGUGCAUGGUGGCGAGAUUACUCAACUUCUAGUUCCGCCUGAAAACUGUAGUGCACGAGUGCAGCACUGUGUCUGCUCGGUAGCCAGCGACCACUCAGUAGGACUUCUAAGUUUGCGAGAGAAAAAGUGCAUCAUGCUGGCAUCUCGGCACCUUUUCCCUAUCCACGUGAUCAAGUGGAGGCCUUCUGAUGACUACCUGGUGGUUGGAUGCUCGGAUGGCUCUGUGUACGUCUGGCAAAUGGACACUGGCGCCCUGGAUCGCUGUGUGAUGGGGAUAACAGCUGUGGAGAUUCUCAAUGCUUGUGACGAAGCCGUUCCUGCAGCUGUUGAUUCGCUCAGUCACCCAGCCGUCAACCUCAAACAAGCUAUGACGCGGCGCAGUCUUGCUGCCCUCAAAAAUAUGGCCCACCAUAAGCUUCAGACCCUUGCAACAAACCUCUUGGCUUCUGAGGCAUCUGACAAAGGGAAUUUGCCUAAAUAUUCUCAUAACUCCCUGAUGGUUCAAGCAAUCAAGACGAACCUCACCGACCCGGACGUGCAUGUGCUCUUCUUUGACGUGGAAGCGUUGAUUAUUCAGCUCCUGACGGAAGAAGCCUCGAGGCCCAACACCGCACUUAUUUCCCCGGAGAACCUGCAGAAAGCGUCAGGCAGUGCAGACAAAGGGGGCUCCUUCCUCACUGGGAAGCGAGCCGCGGUCAUCUUCCAGCAAGUGAAAGAGACGAUCAAAGAGAACAUCAAGGAGCACCUCCUGGACGAGGAGGAGGGUGAGGAGGAGCUGAUGAGACAGAGGAGAGAGGAGAGUGAUCCUGAGUAUCGGGCCAGCAAAUCCAAGCCCUUGACGCUGUUAGAAUACAACCUAACCAUGGACACUGCCAAACUCUUCCUGUCCUGUCUCCAUGCCUGGGGCCUCAACGAGGUGCUGGAUGACAUCUGCCUGGACCGCCUCGGGAUGCUGAAGCCCCACUGCACCGUGUCGUUCGGGCUGUUGUCGCGCGGGGGUCACAUGUCACUCAUGCUUCCUGGUUAUAAUCAAGCUGCCUCGACCGUGUCACAGGGGAGGGUGGAAGGAGGAAGGAAGCUGCUAGCCACAGAAGGGGUGGGGAAGGGGACCUACGGGGUGUCCCGGGCUGUCACCACGCAGCACCUCCUGUCCAUCAUAUCUUUGGCAAAUACCUUAAUGAGCAUGACCAAUGCGACCUUCAUCGGCGAUCACAUGAAGAAAGGUCCGACCAGACCACCUCGACCAGGCACCCCAGACCUCUCUAAGGCAAGGGGUUCCCCCCCAACCUCCAGUAAUAUUGUGCAAGGACAGAUUAAACAAGUCGCUGCACCUGUCGUUCCCGCUCGGUCUGACGCUGAUCACUCUGGCUCUGCCUCUGCCUCUAGUCCUGCUUUACAUACCUGUUUCUUAGUAAAUGAAGGGUGGAGUCAGUUGGCUGCUAUGCACUGUGUUAUGUUGCCAGACCUGCUGGGCUUGGACAAAUUUAGGCCUCCGCUUCUGGAGAUGCUCGCUCGCAGAUGGCAAGACCGGUGCUUGGAGGUCAGAGAAGCUGCACAGGCCCUGCUCCUCGCAGAGCUGAGAAGAAUUGAGCAGGUCGGACGGAAGGAAACCAUCGACGCCUGGGCUCCUUAUUUACCUCAGUACAUGGACCACGUCAUAUCACCUGGAGUCACAGCAGAAUCCAUCCAGACUGUCACCAGCGCUUCUGACACCUCAGGGCCAGAAACUAAAGUCCAGGAGGAAGAGCAUGACCUUGUGGACGACGACAUCACCUCUGGUUGCCUGUCAAGCGUUCCACAAAUGAAGAAGAUUUCCACAUCCUAUGAGGAAAGACGGAAGCAAGCUACUGCUAUUGUUCUGCUGGGAGUCAUCGGAGCGGAAUUUGGUGCUGAAAUUGAACCUCCCAAACUGUUGACCCGACCUCGAAGCUCCAGUCAAAUUCCAGAGGGAUUUGGCUUGACCAGUGGUGGAUCCAACUACUCCUUGGCCAGACACACUUGCAAGGCAUUGACAUUUCUUCUGCUACAGCCCCCGAGUCCCAAGCUUCCUCCACACAGCACCAUCCGGAGAACAGCUAUUGAUCUCAUUGGUCGGGGCUUCACCGUGUGGGAGCCUUACAUGGACGUGUCUGCCGUUCUGAUGGGCCUUCUCGAACUUUGUGCUGACGCAGAGAAGCAACUUGCCAACAUCACAAUGGGACUUCCCCUGAGCCCAGCCGCUGACUCCGCCCGCUCAGCCCGGCAUGCCCUCUCCCUCAUUGCCACCGCCAGACCACCCGCCUUCAUCACCACCAUAGCCAAAGAGGUGCACAGACACACUGCUCUUGCCGCAAACGCCCAGUCACAGCAGAGCAUUCACACCACCACUCUCGCACGAGCAAAGGGUGAGAUUCUGAGAGUCAUCGAAAUCCUCAUUGAAAAGAUGCCCACGGAUGUUGUGGAUCUCCUUGUCGAGGUCAUGGACAUCAUUAUGUACUGCCUUGAAGGAUCUUUGGUUAAAAAGAAAGGUCUUCAGGAAUGUUUCCCAGCCAUAUGCAGGUUCUACAUGGUCAGCUAUUAUGAGCGGAAUCACAGGAUAGCAGUUGGCGCUCGGCAUGGUUCAGUGGCCCUGUACGACAUCCGAACUGGAAAAUGUCAGACCAUCCACGGACACAAGGGACCAAUCACUGCAGUGGCCUUUGCUCCUGACGGACGGUAUCUUGCCACCUAUUCGAAUACGGACAGCCACAUUUCCUUCUGGCAGAUGAACACCUCGAUCCUCGGAAGCAUCGGUAUGCUCAAUUCGGCCCCUCAGCUGCGCUGCAUCAAAACCUACCAGGUACCUCCGGUGCAGCCCGCCUCCCCCGGCUCGCACAACGCCCUCCGACUGGCCCGCCUCAUCUGGACUUCCAACCGCAACGUCAUCCUGAUGGCUCACGACGGCAAGGAGCACCGCUUUGUGGUCUGAGGCUGCGGCC